UGAUAGGGCGGUGAUCUGGCAGCCCUAUAUGGCCGCCGCCGUGCAUGAAAGGUACCCCGGCGGGAUCUCUAACCUCUGUUAUAGAGAUUGUGCGUACUGGAUGACACAGUCGAAGAUCAUCUUCGAUGUGUCCGUGGAGAUAAUGGCCCAGCAGAGGAUCAUGAGGCAGUUCGGCUCUCGGCAGCUGGUCGAUCCUCCACCACCGAUAGCACCUCUCCCUGCCUACGUCCACAAGUACAACAGGAAGGGUACUAGCCACUCGUCGACAUGGUGGCUUCAGCGCGUUGGCUCGUAUGUUGCUGAGUGGGAUGGCGCGACAACACACGUCUGGCCGAACGAUGAGCAGUUUGACCCACAGGAGUUUGCCGCAUAUCUGCAGAGGUACACUGCAGCCACGCGAGUGCGCCUCAUCGCGCCGACUGAUCCAGCUCAGGCGCCACCUGCGUCUAUGCACGAUAUGUACCCGACUCAGUCCACAGCCGGUAGUCGACAGCAUGCGGGUCAGCUGACUGCGGACUUACAGGAUGAAGUCGCUCGGUACACACGUCAAGUGUCCAGUGCACCUCUUCUGCAGCGUGACCAACAUGUGUCCUGGUUGAGGCGUCUCGAGGACAAGCUACGCGGGAUCUACUCGGCUAUCACAUGCAGCCGUAGUUCCGACGUCGUUCAGCGCCACCUCCUUCCACCGCGACCCUCCACACAGCAGCAGCGACGGCCACAUCUCACACCGACCGCAACACCCAGACCACCACCUCCUGAUCGGGCAGGAGGUUCGUCGUGGCAGCAGCACACUCCUUCCGUCGACGACUAUCAGUACCAGCACCACGGAUCACGGCCACGUCUCACACCGACGCCGACACCCAGACCACCACCUCCUGACCAGGCAGGAGGUUCGUCGUGGCAGCAGCAGCACACUCCUUCCGUCGAUGACUUUCAGUACCAGCGUCACGGUUUCUUCGACGACUUUCAGCAGCAAGCUGCUUUCGACCAGUGGCAGCAACAGCAGGCCCCUUUCAUGGGAGGAGCAGGAUACACACAGGGAUACUCGCAGCACACUGCGUCCAAUCCUUCAUGGGGAGCUAGUGAUCAGGAUCCUGAGCACAUGGAGUACUACAGCACGCAGCAGAACUAUGUCGGUAUGCAGACUCCUCCACCACAGCCCACACAGGAGACACAGUACGACCCCGAGUCCGGGUCCUGGAUCCCUGCUCGCAUAACCAGGGCCCCGGACAGGUUCGGUUGGACACCCCGUACUACGCCGCCUCCACGAAACCCCAGACGCCGUCCAUAGUCUCAGACAUUUAUGUAUCUAUGUAUCAGACAUUUAUGUAUGCAUCACCUAUGUAUCAGACUUCAUGUAUGAACUAUGUAUCAGUAU